AUGAAACGUGUAAAAGAGAUUAUAAUAUUAUGGAUACUUGUAGUUAGUAUCGUCAAAAUAAAUGGACAGGAUUUGCAAAGUGAGGACGAUAAAACAGUAUCUCUUGAAACAACGACAAGUCCACCAUUAGUGACUGUUUAUUCGGAAGACACAACCACUGAGCGUCUUCGGAUACCAAAACUAAAAAUUCGUCCAUUUAAUCGAACAGCCUCUGAAUCAUCAUCAGAUAAAUUAACAAAUGAGGAAAUUGAGAAAAAAAUUAAUGAAGCUGUUGAGGUAGUCACGAAAAUUGAAACUAUUGAAGAAAUUAGAAUUGUCACAGAGCGACCUCGUUUAUCUAAAAAACUUGUUCAUAAAAGAAAAAAGGCAAAGAAAGAACAAGUUGAAAAACAUGAGAACGAAGUGACUGAAAAUGAAAGUAAUUCACCUACGACGACAUCUACUACUACUACAACAACGACGACUACUUCGACAACAACAACUGAGAAACCAGAGGAAGUUGUCGAAGAGAAUGAUGCCGACGAACCUGAGCCUCCUCUAAUUGGCAUCCGGGGAAUUUCAUCGAAAGAAGUCAAUGAUAACGAUACAGAAUCAGAAUCUGAAGAAGAACCUGAGGAACCUGAAGAUCCCGAGCCGACGCCUCAUCCAGCCAGACCAAAAGUUCGUCCAAUUCUCACAAGAAGGCCUACAGCCACGAGACGUCCUUUCAAAUUAUUAACACAACAUGUAACGCCCGAAGCUAAAUUGGACGACGCCUCUCCAGCACCUGCCGAUGGCCAGUCAACAACACGCAAAAAGUUUGUGCGGAGACGUUACAAGAAAGUCGAUUAUAAGAAUGGAACAAUAGAAAAAUUCUAUGUUGGUCCUUCAGUAGAAGUUGAUCCUGCUAUUCGUCAAGCCAAAUUGAAUGCAGCUACAACCGAAGCCCCAGAUCUUCCAACUCCAAUUAUUCAUGGAAGAACUACGAAACGAGGAAGACUAACACCGAAACGACUUGUCGGAAGAACCACAAGUGUUCGACCAAAGACAGCGGCAAUCAAUGGUGACAAAGUAGAUGGUGACACACAAAAGCCACUUUCCAGACGUCUCAUAUAUAAAAGACCUGUGUUGAAGAACUUUGAUUUAAACAAAGUAAAAGUUGAUGCUGAACAAAAGGAAAAUAUUCCUGAGAGCUCAAGUGCUCAGCCUGCACAAAGUAUUGAAGAAACUGUAGAGGUGACAACAGAGGACGAAGAAGUUGUAAAAGAAAAACCAUCUGAAAAUGAAAUAAAUUUCCAGAGAAAACCAUACUUGCAAAAAACUGAAGAACCUCAACUUGUUACAGAAGAAGCACAGAAUAGCGAAGAUUUAGAAGAAGAAAAGAAUGUAGAAAAAGUAAAAGUUUAUCAACGGCGACCUGUAUUGAAGAAUGUCACACCAAAAGAAGAUACCCAACAAAAAGACGCUGAUGAGGAAAAUAUUGUCCAACAAACUACAAGAGCUCCUCAAAGACGUCUUGUGUUGAAAAAAAGAAUUCAAAAAAAUAAUGAAGAAGAUAUAACAGAUAAUGUUGAAGAUGAAAAACCAAAACAGCCUCCGAGACGUACUUUCCAAGGAAGGCCGCUUUUCAAAACAACUUCAGAAAAUACCAAUAAAGAAGAAAGUGAGAAUACAAGUGAUCAAACAGAAGUUACAGACGAAAGAGCUGAAAAAAAUGAUGAGGUAAAGCCACAACAGCCCCCAAGACGCGUAUUCCAGAGAAGACCAGUUCAAAAGAGUAAAGACAAUAAUACUGUCGAAGAACACUCAACUAUUAAACCUGAUUCAACUAAUGAAAAUGUUGACAAAGAAGCUGAAAAUGACGAAGAAGAAGUAGUUCAAACAACAACACGACGCUUUUCGUUUAGAAAACCUGUUCAAAAUGACUUUGAAGCGUCCAACCUUAAAAAAGAAAAUGAGAAAACUGAAACUGAUGCUGAUCAAAAAGAAAACGCUGAGGAGAAAAGUAACAAUGAUGAAGAAAAAGUUACGAAACUUCCACCACGACGAGUUUUAUUGAAAAGACCAGUUCAUAAAACGCAGAUAGAUGAAAAUGCAAUUGAAGUUGAUAAUGAAACGACAAGUGUUCAUUCAAAAGAAGUUGAAAGUACCGAUAAAAAUGUGACAGAAAAAGAAACUUCUACACGUCGCAUUUCACAGCGACGACCAGUACAAAAGAAAUUCAAUGAUCAAGAAGACAUUGAAAUAACUACAGAAUUUGAAAGUAAGGAAGUUACAAAAACUCCUCCACGACGAGUUUUGUUAAGAAGACCUACUCAAAAAACACCAAAGGAUGAAAAUACAGCAGAAGAGGAAACUGAAAGUGUUGAAGAUAAAACUGAAGUAGUAGAAAAUACACGAGCUCCUCCACGACGCGUAUUGCAAAGAAGACCUGUGCAAAAUAAGUUUGAAUUAUCUACAGCCAAAGUAGAAAACCCCGUCGAAACAGAAUCUGGUGAAUCAAGUACUGAAUCUGUUAAAGAAAGUACAGACGAAAAUCUUGAAGACGAAGAUGAUGACAAAACAAGACGAACUUCAACAUCGCGAAAUAUCCAUAGACGACCAGGAUUUGUCAAAUUUGAACCCACUAAACAACGUAAGUUUAUUAAGAAGUUAAAAGCAAUUAGAGAAAGACCAACGACAACCACAGAGGCUCCUACAACAGAAUUUAUACCAACAGACGAGGAAUCUACAGAAACAGAAGUGUUCUCUACUGAGCCAGCCGCUUCUUCAACUGAAUCGUCUUCUCUUAAUGUUGAAACUAGCGAGCUAUCAACAACAACUGUUUCUACUAAAUUAGUUAAAAAUUUGAAAGAAAAUAAAGAUGACGAGCCAACUGUUGAUGACAAAAAACUAACCAACGAGAAAGAAGAAAUUGCAACUAAAGAUACAAUAGAAGUUGACUCCGAAAAUGAAGUCACAUCAAAGCCAGGUGUAAAUCGUUUUGACACAAUAUCUCGCGCUCCAUUCCCAAUAAGACGAAGAACAAAUACAAGCCGAGCUACAUCUCGUCCUUUGAAUGAGAGAUUUCAUCGACCGAGACCCUUGCAAGAAAAUACAAACGACGAGGAGGAACAAAAUGAAGUACAACGAGCACCAACAUCAAGAUCACGUUUGCAAUCUCGUAGACGACCACAAGAACCAAAAGUAGAAGAAGCUGAAAAAGCUGAUGAAGAACAAGAUAAUGAAACAAUUGCCAGGAGACCAAAUCCGUCUCGAAGAGUAUCAGCGGCAAGAAACGGUUCAAGAUUCCAAUCUCGACGCAAACCACUAAUUGAAGAAGACAAAGACACCAAUCAAGUGGAAGAAAAGACUAAAAAUCGAAUUAACUUUGAAAAUGAGGCAAAUGAAAAUAACGAGAAAAAUACGAAAGAUGAAGCAGAAGUUAAGAAAUCCUCAGCUAACUCUGAGCUUCUAAGACGUCGAGGUGGAUCUCGCAGAACACAGCCUACUGUUGUAUCCCGUUUCAAUAGCAGGACUGAAUCAACAUCAACUGUUAAAGAAGAAAAAGUUGAAAAAACAACAAGUGUUGUUUUCAAUCAACCAUCUACUGAAGUUGAUAAUAAUGAAGAAGUGACUGAAGUUCCCGUUGUCGAAGAAGUUAGUGAAGAAAACGAAAAUGACAAAUCGAGUUCAACAACGAAAGAAGAGGAAGAAUCAUCAGUGAGUUCAACAACAUUAGAAUCAUCAACGAACGAAAAUGAACUUCCUCAGACAACUUCAACAACGUUAAAGUCAAUCACAGAAGGAACUUCUCAACAAACAUCAACAACUUUAAAGCCAACAACAGAAAGAGAAACUUCAUCAACACCAAAAGCGUCAACGUUUGAACAAUACAGCACAACACUUCGUACAACUAACCCAACAUUCAGUACAACUACGUACAUACCACGAAGAAGAGUUCCAUCAACAACAACAACAACUUCUACUACAUUUGCAACUGACCUUGAAGCAUUUAAUCAAUUAGUUAAACAGAAACACCAAGAAGUGAUUGAAAAUGUUGUUUCUGGCUUUAGAGGCCGUCAAUUCGUUAGCACGAUACCAACUACUGCCUUGCCAACUCGCGUAUCGACAACUUCACCUACAUUUAAACCAUCCCCCACUUUUUCAUCAAGUCCAGUACACGCAGUAUCUCGCACUCCAACCCCAAUUGUAAAAUUCUUCAUUCAAGACGAUUCUUACUAUUCUCUCAAUCCAUCCAGAACGUUUGUACCUCAAGUACCGUUCCUCUCAGACGCUUUCCGACAAAUUUUGACAGAUCCUCCAUCACGCGUUGUCCAACAACUGCCAAUUGAUUCCGAAACUAACAUUAACGAUGACCUAACUGUAAGAGUUGGUAAUUCCAAUUCAGCGUCGCGAUUCAGAGUAACAGCACCGACUCAACCACCUGUUUAUUUGAGCACAGUUGGACAGCGACAAACGCCCUCUGUUUAUACUACAACGACAUUCACCUCCACACAAGGUUUUCCACAUAGUUUCCGAAGCUCCCAAUCUACAAAUCUUCCCUUGAGCUCUUCCGUUGACGUUUCUCAUAGUUCUUUCCCUACUCCAACAAAUCGUUUCCAAUCUUUCUCCAGUACAACAAGAACUGUACCAACAACUACACCAACCUUCAGAACUCACCAGCCCCAACGGCCAGCUGUUAAUCGCCAAAGCUUCUCAAAUCAAAUUCACACUGAAACAAUAGACCUUUCGCCUCGAAUGGGUCCGAAUCGAGGACGAGGCGGAAAGCGUUUCAAUCAAAAUGAACUGAAAUGGAACUCGGAAAUCUGGUCAUUGCAGGGAGAAGAUCAGGGAUAUUAUAAUUUCAUUAAGUACUAA